AGGAUGUCCGAAGAAGACGAAUUCUACCUCUAUGAAAACAUCUCCUCCGUGAAGCCCUGGGAUGGUCCCCAAUAUCAUAUCGCGCCCAUGUGGGCCUUCCAUUUCCAAACUGUCUUCAUGGGCCUGGUCUUCUUUGCCGGGACGCCCCUCAACGCCAUCAUCCUCUUCGUCACCAUCAAGUACAAGAAGUUGAGGCAGCCACUCAACUACAUCUUGGUCAACAUCUCCUUUGCCGGAUUUAUCGUCUGCAUCUUUGCGAUUCUCGUGGUCUUCUUGUCCAGCUCUCAAGGUUACUUCUUCCUUGGUCGUCAGGUGUGCAAGAUGGAGGCCUUCCUAGGCACCGUGACAGGUCUGGUCAUCGGUUGGUCCUUGGCCUUCCUCGCCUUCGAACGUUACAUCGUGAUCUGCAAGCCACUGGGGAACUUCCGUUUCAACGCCAAACAUGCUCUGAUAGUGGUGGUGACCACGUGGGUCAUUGGAAUUGGGGUCUCCAUCCCCCCCUUCUUCGGCUGGAGCAGGUACCUCCCGGAAGGGCUGCAGUGUUCCUGCGGUCCCGACUGGUACACAGUGGGUACCAAAUACAAGAGCGAGUAUUACUCGUGGUUCCUCUUCAUCUUCUGCUUCGUCAUACCGCUCACCCUCAUCAUCUACUCCUACGCGCAGCUCCUGGGUGCCCUCCGGGCGGUAGCCGCUCAGCAACAAGAGUCGGCCACCACCCAGAAGGCCGAGCGGGAGGUCUCCCGUAUGGUGGUGGUGAUGAUAGGAUCCUUCUGCCUCUGCUACGUUCCAUACGCCGCCCUGGCCAUGUACAUGGUGAACAACCCACACCAUGGCCUCGACCUGCGCUUGGUCACCAUCCCUGCUUUCUUCUCCAAGAGCUCCUGCGUCUACAACCCCAUCAUCUACUGCUUCAUGAACAAACAGUUCCGUGCCUGCAUCAUGGAAACGGUGUGCGGCAAACCUAUGACGGACGACUCUGACGUGGUCUCUCAGAAGACAGAGGUUUCCUCAACAUCCUGCAGUCAAGUCAGCCCCAAGAGCUGA